AUGCCUACAAUAAAGAAGCAAGAAUUUUUCGGGAUUGGAAUCACGCAUGCCACCACCUUCUACUUCAUACCGAUCGACCACACGUGGAGUAGUUCUCCGUAUCUACCUGAGUACAUAUUUAGGCAAGCCCUAGAAGCCCCACAGGCACCCGAAUCUGCAGCUUCGGGGUUAUCUUCCGAGAACCUCAACGCCUGGCUCAUCAAGCCACUGGCCUCAGAACUGCUCCUGUACACCGCGAGCCGGUGCCGGGAGAGCUGGCGCCGGAGCAAGCGGCGGGAUGAGUCCCCGGACAACCUCCGUGGCAGCUACGCCAAUGCCAACGACAACGGAUCCACCGACAUCGGCAGUGUCUUUGUCGACGCCUACAGCGCCUUCAUGGACCAUGUGAGUCGGACAUUCACCGGCCGACGACGGAGGGGGGUCUAUCUCAAUGGGCGGACGGGCACUUUCGAUUUUGUGGAUUAG